GUCAAGCUGAAGUUAUCUCGGACGCUAAGCCUUAAAUCGGAUAAAGACCAGAGGUCUGUGGGUCUAGCAGAAGACUACAUGACGUCUAGUCCCGAACUAACUCCAGAAAAUGAAGUUCCAGUAAUGAUGACUGGACCAAACGGUAUACGUCGAGGACCUGGGCAAGUUUAUUCCAGGAAUAUCCAACUCAGCGAAGCGGACUCGUUAGGAGACGUCAAACUGGGAUUCUUGAUGACCAAAGGUCAACUUGAAGUUCAAGUCAUAUGCGCUCGCCAGUUGAGACCAAACUCAACAGGACAACCUCCUGAUACCUACGUGAAAACGUACUUAAAACAAGGAGACAGACAGAUGCAGAAGAGGAAGACAAGAGUAGUUCGACAUUCGUCCGAACCACAGUAUCGACAGACAUUGAAAUAUAACGCGUCACACAUCCAAGGUCGACGACUUCUGGCAAUGGUAUGGGAACGACAAAAAGGUUUUGAGCACAACCAGCCUCUAGGAACGGUAGAGAUCCAACUAGACAGAUUAGACUUCUCCAGACUAAUGCUAUGCUGGUAUCCAUUAUAUCCGUACAUACCGGCAGAGGUGGAUUCCAAUGAAUCUUCCUGAUUUUUACAUAAAAUAAUCUUCAGCGCCUUGCCAAUAUGUGUGCCACCAAUUAACCCGUUUACAACCAGAUGCCUCUUAUUGGCCAUAUUCCUUUGUCACAUACAGUACCUUGUCCAAUCAGAUUUGAAGGAUUGAGUUCAUUGGUUUAUGAUAAUUAAAACUCAAUAACAUUAAACGGGGGAUCUAUUCUUUUAAUGGAACAAAACAACGGAAUCAGGAAAGUUAUUGUUUGUCUUAUGCCAUUUUGUGUUCAGUAUUUUUAAAUCCAAAAUUGUGAUUGGCAUCUA